CUGUAACUCUGAAGCUUCUUCCAAUUCAAUUUCAAACCUCUUUAUAGCAAAGUUCCUAUAUUGAGCACAAUUCAGAUCUCUUUUCAUUUAUAAAAAUCUCUAUAUAAUAAUAUCAUAUAAGCUACCUUUUGGUUAAAGCAAACCCAGAAUUCACGUGCUUCUGAGGUGUAAUUCAUCUGUAUGAAGGGAAAAAAGGUAUUUUGAGAUGGGUAGGUGGAACGAGUUUGGUGGGGUUUUGUUGAGCAUUGCAUUGUUGGGGGUGGUGGUGGUGGAAGGGUAUCCGGCGGAGGAUCUGGUGGUGAAAUUGCCCGGUCAGCCGCGGGUUGGGUUUAAGCAGUAUGCUGGUUAUGUUGAUGUGGAUGUAAAUGCUGGGAGGAGCUUGUUUUAUUAUUUCGUUGAAGCUGAUAAAGACCCUGCCAACAAGCCCUUAAUUCUCUGGCUCAACGGAGGACCAGGGUGUUCCUCCGUUGGUGGGGGUGCUUUUACUGAACUCGGUCCAUUUUAUCCUCAAGGAGAUGGCCGAAACCUUCGAAUAAACUCAAUGUCAUGGAAUAAAGCAUCAAAUCUCCUGUUUGUUGAGUCUCCUGUUGGUGUAGGAUGGUCUUACUCAAAUACCUCUUUGGAUUUAAUUCGCGGGGAUGCUUCCACAGGUAUUUUAAUUUCUUCAACUGGUUUUAGGAUAUGAUUCCAGCAGCGAACUUCA